AUGACGGUUCGGAUGUGGGUGGAGGCGCUCGCCCUCAAGGAGCGCGGCAACGAGGCGUACCGCGAGUCGCGCUUCGAGGCGGCCGCAGGGGCGUACAGCCGCGCGCUCGCGGUGUUGCCGUGCGCGUACACCGACCUGGCGCUCGCUUGCUACUCCAACCGCGCAGCGCAGCAGAUGCGCGAGCCCGAGGCGGCGCUCGCAGACACGCUCCACGUCUUGCGGUACGACCCGGCCAACCCGAAGGCGGUGGCGCGCCGCAGGGUCUACGAGCAAGCGUUGCAGGGCGCGUGA